GUAGGUAAACAAACUGAGGGAGGAGAAAAGAGCGCAAGCACCAGGGACUUCGCAGGCUGGGCUCUCGGGGACUCUUUUGUACCUGUUUCUAUUAAUUUUAUACACUUUAUACUCGACUCUUUUCCUAAAGCACUUUUACUACUUUAAUAUUUAGGCGUCGGAUGUUUAAUUUGUUUUUAAUUUCCGGUAAACCAGCUUGUUAACGGUGAAGGAAAUACCUCGAGUCGACGGUUCAGCAAAUAGAAACAAGAAUACAAAGUGAAUAUUCGAAGGAUUAUUCAAUGCUUGGUUUUGCUACGCGACAGCUGUCAUCGUGAUCACAUCAGGAAAAAAAACAAAACAUCCCUAGAUUUAUUCAAACGAUGACUGCUGUGCUGAAUAUACAGACGUUACUGGAAGCAGCCGAAUAUAUAGAAAGGAGAGAAAGAGAGUGUGAACACGGAUAUGCCUCGACCUUUCCGUCUAUUCAGCACUCCAGCUACCAGAGACAAAGGAAAUUCCGAAAUAAAAAGUGCAGCAACAACAACAACCACAACAGGUCCACACACAAUGAGCUGGAGAAAAAUCGGCGAGCCCACCUCCGUUUGUGCCUGGAGAGAUUGAAGACCCUCAUCCCGCUGGGACCAGACUGCAGCCGUCACACCACUCUGGGACUCCUCAACAAGGCCAAAUCACACAUAAAGAAACUGGAGGAAGCGGAGCGCAAGUCGGCGUACCAGUUGGAUAAUUUGGAGCGAGAGCAGCGGCACCUCCAGAGGCGCCUGGACCUGCUGCGGGGCGGUGGCGGGGUGCUGGAGGGCGAGAGGGUACGCACUGACAGCGUGGGCUCUACCCUCUGCUCCGAGAGAUCCGACCGCUCCGACUCAGACCAGGAAGAGAUGGAGGUGGACGUGGAGAGCACAGAGUUCUCUAAUGGAGAGCUGGACAGCAUCAGCACCGCCAGCACCAGCGAUCUGGACGACCACAGCAGUCUACAGAGCACUGCCAGCGACGAGGGCUACUCCUCCUGCAGCAUCAAACUGGCCUUCAGCUCAUAAAACCAGCUCCCCUUUACACACUCACACACACACACUAUCCCAGCCCUUCAAAUGAGUCCCUUUCCCUCCUCAACCAAUCAGAGACUUUUAAGUCAGGUGACCAGAACACCACCCGCCCUAUAGAAUGCCUGAUUUACUGUUUUAAGUUUGUGAAUGUAUCUGAGAAUAUGAAUGAGAUGGAAACAAUCUGUGAUUGUGAUUUAAUCGGGUUAUUAGAUGGUUUUAUCCCUGACUAAGAGAUUUUUCUGAUAAUUGUCAGUAUCUAAAUCCCCUUUUUCCGAAAGGAAAGCUAAGAUGUAUAAAAAAAAAAAAAUAGAUGUUGAUUUUUAAUUCAAACCCCUGAUUGUUAACUCCCUACAUGAAUGGGUUGUGAACUGGUCACUAGGGAAACUAUUCAACUAAACCCAUCCAAAUUGGACCACCUGAGAAGCGAAACUCCAUAUCAAUUCAACACAAGAAGUCCCAAACCUGUUGAUUUCCUUUUCACCCGAUCUAAUGGUUCUAACGUCGCUGCUCUACGGCGACGAGGACUGUCAUUGGUGCUACGUGACAAAACCAAUAAAGCAGAAAGAUCUACUGCAUUCAUCAAAGACAGCGGCAAACAACAAUCCCAUGGCUGUGGGAAAUUUCUGGUGCAUUUAAACCGUGGAACCACUUUCCAGGCUGCAGCUAAAACCCAGCGAUCUUGCACUCGACUGCAUAGAGCCCUCCGUAGAACUGGCGCCAUGUCAGAGAAAUAUCCACCCCUGUGUUUAACUAGAUGUCUCUCCUGGCAGAAAUAAGCAAUAAACUCUUGUAGUCGGAUCAACACAUUAGCACUCCUACUCUUGAGACACAGCGCUUGUGUCCGUCCAAAAGAGCAACGCCAACUUGCUCGGUUUUUUUUUGUACAUAAAUACGAUAGUUUAAUAAAUUAAAGUUAAAAUAAAAAACUGAGUUGAAAAAAAAAAGGUAGUUACCCAUGGGUAGAAAUUGCCUCUGUUGCUGUAUGUCUUGUGUUAUGUGCAUUUUAAAUUAUAUUUUUGCAAAGAUUGA